CGUCUCCGCCGCGUCGCCUCUUAGGUUAGUCACUGGUAUAUUGCUCCGGGCUCUGAAUAAGCUCUCUCGUUCACUUAGCCGCUUUUCCCGCUCACUGAAACAUGUCUGCAAAGUGGCGAGCUUUGCAGCAUCGCCAUCGUUACACUUACAGUGCUGUCUUGUUCCCGAGUUCGUUCACUGCUUCUUUGAGCCAAUCUAGUUUGUUUCAGUCUUGUCCCAAGUUUUACUCCAACAUUGAAGAAUUGGUUUCGUUGAAUUCAAUCUACGCGCAAGUUAAUCACGCCAAGAAAAUUGUUGCUUCGUUCGGAGAGGUACUCGCAAAGACCAAUGAGAAUGAAGGAGGCGAGAGAGAGGCAGUUUUUGUACGGGAAGCUAUUAGGUUUUACUUGGAGAUUCUGUUCAUGGAGAAUUCUUUGCCUCUACAUAAGACCCUUGUUUCAGCCUUGGCUAAAACCAGUAAGUUUCAUUCAGUUAUAAGUUUAUGUUUUAAGGAGCUUUGUGAUGAAUAUGGCGGUUUGGAGGAUGGUGGGAAUCGAUUCUGUGUGUCUAGAGUUGCUUUGUCAGUGAUGGGUAUGCCAAAGUUGGGAUAUUUGGUUGAUAUAAUUGAAGAUUGCGCGCUUUUGGUGGGUUAUGAUAUAGUUUCAGGGCUGAAUGGUAUAAUCUUAGACACUGAAGCUUGUGAUAGGCCUCCUCCCACUGUUAUGGAGCAAUGCCAAGAGGCUUUGUCUUGCUCGUAUUACUUGUUUCAGCGGUUUCCUUUGAAGUUUAAGGGUUUAGUUGGGGAGGAUGAAAAUUUUAUGGAGAGUGUUUUGGCUGUUCAAUUAAGCAUUUUGAAGUCAUCGGCGUUUUCUAGGGACUGUUAUGUGGCUGCUGGUGUGAGUUUCUGCGCUGCUCUACAGGUCUGUCUUAAAGACGAAGAGCUCGGAAUGUUUAUAGCGCAAGGUAUAUUUUGCUGGAGUAGUGUCGUUGGAUUGACUGAUAUUGUUAGCAAAAUUCCAUUUGCCGGGGACAUUUGUUCUGAGAUCUGCAGUUUUUCAUCUUUGAGUAGACUCUGCUUGAUCCGAGGCAUUCUUACUACAGUUUCUAGGGGUAUUCUAGUUUCAUCUUUUGCUCAGUUGAGUAACAGUGACUGUGAUCACAGAACUAUUCUGUAUGACGGAAUUUUGCUGGAACUUUGUGAUUUAUGCGAGAACCCCAUUGACAGCCAUUUAAAUUUUCACGCGCUAACUGUGAUGCAGAUUUGCUUGCAACAGAUCAAGACAUCUAUGUUAACUGAUUUAUCAGAAGAUUAUGAUCUAAUGCCAGACAGCAUGACAGCUCGAGUACUCAGAAUUAUAUGGAACAACUUGGAGGACCCUUUGAGCCAGACAGUCAAACAAGUCCAUCUCAUGUUUGACCUCUUACUAGAUAUCCAAACCACGGUUCACCAGACAGAUGAUAAAGUGGGAAUAAGGGAAUCUUUGCUUAAAAUUGUCAACUAUCUUCUUCGUUUAGGAUCACGCUGUAAGGGAAGGUAUGUUCCAUUGGCAUCCUUGACAAGACGAUUAGGUGCUAAGACGUUGAUGGAUAUGAGCCCUAACCUGUUGUUCGAGAUGGCGAAUGCAUAUAUUGAUGAUGAUGUCUGCUAUGCUGUAACAUCAUUUUUGAAAUGUUUCCUUGAAAUGUUGCGUGAUGAAAGCUGGGGGAGCGAAGGUGUUGACCAGGGUUAUGCACGUUAUCGAGAACAUUGUUUGCCUCCUUUCCUUUACGGGCUUGCUUCUGGCAUGUCGAAACUUAGGUCCAAUCUGAAUACUUAUGCAGUACAAGUUUUGCUCGAAUUGGAUGUAGACAGUAUAUUUCUUUUGCUUGCGUAUAUAUCUAUUGGGCCGAGUGAGGAGGAGACCAAGCUAAACUAUACUGAGUUGAGUAACAUGAGUAUGGAACUGACAGUCGAACAGAAAGUGGUUGUUUUAGUAUCAUUGCUGAAAGUUUGUCGUACACUUGCAUUCCUUGAAGGGGAUAUUGAACAAAAAAGAAGUACUGAUGCAUUUGCAAUUGUCCAAAUUAAGGGUGUUGAAUUAAAAGUACCCAUUGAGUGGCUGAAAAUGGCCUUAACCCAUGUUGAUGAGUCUGUUCGCGUGGAUGCUGCAGAGACACUCUUCUUAAACCCCAAGAAUGCUAGACUUCCAUCCCCCUUAGAGCUUUAUCUCAUGAAGGAGGCUGUUCCCUUGAACAUGAGGUCAUCUUCUACAGGUUUUCAAAUGAAGUGGACCAGUUUGUUCAGGAAAUUUUUUUCCCGGGUCCGUACGUCGCUGGAAAAGCAGUAUAAGCAUGGGAGCUUGCAACCACUUAAAAGCGACGAGAAUGCAGUUCUACGAGCAGAGAGUUUGUUCAAGUUUAUGAGGUGGUUGAGUUCCUUUUUGUUUCUAUCUUGCUACCCUUCUGCCCCUUACAGGAGAAAAAUAAUGUGUGAAAGCAUAAAUGGUCUUUAUCAGAACUCUAAACCCAAGUAUCCUGUGAUUGAGUAUAUCAAAUCACUUAUUCAUUGGCUUGAUGUUUCUGUGAUGGAGGGAGAGCGUGAUCUCUCUGAAGCAUGUAAGAACAGUUUUGUUCAUGGGGUAUUACUGGCUUUGCGUUAUACAUUUGAGGAGUUGGACUGGAACUCUAACGCAGGGUUAAGUAUGUCAGAGAUGAGAAAGGAACUAGAAAAGCUUCUUAAACUGGUGACGCGAAUAACUACACUAGCACUGUGGGUGGUUUCUGCAGAUGCUUUGAGUUUGCCGGAGGAUAUGGAUGACAUAAUAGAAGAUGAUGGUUUCUUGUCAAAUGUUCAAGAUGAUGCUGCCGCUGUUCUCUCAGAGGAACACAAGAGUACUUUUCCAAAACCUGUGCAUGAAAAAAUACAAUCAGAACAGGUAGUUAUGGUUGGUUGCUGGCUCGCUAUGAAGGAGGUGAGUCUUCUUUUGGGAACCAUCAUAAGAAAGAUUCCAUUACCUACCUGUAGCCUUAGACCUUUAGAAAAUGGUAAUUCAGCUUCUGCAGCCCCCAGUGAUUCAGUGAUUGAAAAUUCUGAAUUACUGCUUGAUCUGAAGCAACUUGAAAAGAUUGGAGACCACUUCUUGGAAGUACUUCUGAAAAUGAAGCACAAUGGUGCGAUAGAUAAGACAAGAGCUGGUUUUACAGCUUUGUGCCACCGUUUAUUAUGUUCUAAUGAUCCAAGACUUUGUAAGUUAACAGAAUCCUGGAUGGAGCAACUUAUGGAAAGAACUGUGGCGAGAGGACAAACAGUGGACGAUGUGUUAAGAAGAAGUGCAGGAAUUCCCGCUGCAUUUAUUGCUCUUUUCCUCUCAGAACCGGAAGGUUCACCAAAGAAACUUCUCCCUCAGGCGCUUAGGUGGCUAGUAAGUCUUGCAGAGAAACCUCUCUUGGAUCCCAUGGAACAGAAAGGUUCUAAUCACAUGGUUGAGGAGAUCAGUUCUUCUGAUAUGCAUUCAAGUGAAAAUCUUUCAAAGGUCCGUGAUGAAGGAGUCGUUCCAACGGUGCAUGCGUUCAAUGUUCUCAAAGCUGCUUUCAACGACACGAACUUGAGCACUGAUACUUCUGGGUUUUCGGCGGAGGCUAUGAUUGUUUCAAUAAGAUCCUUCUCUUCACAAUAUUGGGAGGUCAGAAACAGUGCCACACUUGCAUACACUGCCUUGGUCCGUCGAAUGAUUGGAUUCCUUAAUGUUCAAAAACGUGUAUCUACCCGUCGUGCCUUGACUGGACUUGAAUUUUUUCACAGGUACCCCUUGUUGCACCCUUUCAUAUACAGUGAACUAAAGACAGCAACUGAUUUGCUCGACACAUCUGGUCCAUCUGAUUCAAACCUCGCAAAUCUUGUCCACCCGAGUUUAUGGCCCAUUCUGAUUCUGUUAUCUAGGCUUAAGCCUUCACCCAUUGCAAGUGAAACUGGAGAUGACCUGGACCCGUUCGUUUUCAUGCCCUUUAUAAUGAAAUGCUCUACUCAAAGAAAUCUCCGUGUUCGUGUUUUGGCAUCACGUGCUCUAGUAGGUCUUGUUUCCAAUGAGAAACUCCAAAGUGUUCUGCUCCAAAUUGCCUCAACUUUACCUUCUAAUGUGGCUCAAGGUGGGUCCUUCAAUUAUCUUCAUGGAAUUUUGUUGCAACUUGGUAAUCUCCUAGAUACAAAUUGUAGAGACCUCGCUGAUGACUCUAAGAAGGAUCAGAUUAUUGGAAAAUUGAUCAAUGUCCUUUCAAAAUGCACAUGGAUGGCUUCUCCAUUGACGUGUCCAUGCCCGAUCCUCUGUACAUCGUUUUUGAGAGUGCUUGAUCAUAUGCGAGUUAUUGAAAGGACAAGCUCUGAAAGCAAAAAUCUGAGGGACAUUUACAAAUUGCAUCUGGAUCUGUCUACAAAUUGCCUGAAUACAGAUGCUUCUUAUGGUUUCUCCUAUUAUGACCCUUCAAUCGCUGAGCUUAGAGAACAAGCAGCUGUAUCAUAUUUUGGCUGCAUAUUUCAACCAUCUGAUGAAGCAGCGGAAGUUUUCCAGAUUACUCAAAGACCAAAUCUACUACGAUUGCAGAAAGUUCCUGAAGCAUCAGAUUAUCCUGACCUUAACGAAAGGCUCCUUCGUUGUUUAUCGGAUCAAUCAUAUGAAGUUCGUCUUGCAACACUGAAAUGGUUUCUGCAGUUUCUGAAGUCAGAAGAUUCCAGUUUCUCAGAGUCAAGCAGUAUUUGGAACUGGGCGAAAAAUGGUCUCCAGUUGGUAUUAUUAGAGCUCUUGGACAAGGAGAAAAACCAUAAAUGUGAGAACUACAUUCUAAAGAUUCUUUUCCAGUGGAAUCUGCUCAUGUUCAAAAAAUCAUGUAAAGGGGAAUCUGUUGAAGGCAUUUACGUUGGUUCGUUGAACUAUGAUUUGGUGCUUCAUCUUUGGGGCAGGCUGACUUCUCUAUAUGAGAGCACACGACGUGCUAAAAUCCGAGGUACACUCAUGUGUUGCCUAGCAAUUUGUGUGAAGCAUCUCACAGGUUUGUUCUUUCACAAAAACGAUUCUGAAAAGGAAGAGGAAUCAAGAAGGGGCUGCGUAAUUGAUUGUGUCUCUUACUUUGUUAACAUGAUCAAAGAGAAAAGCUUAUCAUCCGAGCAAGUGAAUGUUCGCCAUGCAUCUGCAGAAGCUAUUAUAGCAUCUGGUAUACUGGAACAAGCCAAGAUCGUAGGUCCUCUUGCCUUAAAUCACCAAAUUCCCUCUGAAAUACUAAGCACAUUUCAAAAGGCUUGCAAUGUAUACGCAUAUCAAAUUCUGGAUAUGUGGUUCACUUGCAUCAAAUUGUUGGAGGAUGAAGAUGAUAUCAUCAGGUCAAAACUCGCUACGGAUGUCCAAAAGUGUUUCUUCACUGCUAUGGAAGUUCCUACUCAAGUAGAUAAAGUCUUAGAACUGAGCUUCAACCAUUUAUCUUCUGUCUUUGGGCACUGGAACGAGUAUUCGCAAUAUCUCUCGAAAUGGGUCUUCAACACUGCAGAUUACUUACCCCCACCAAAGGGAGGUAGUGAUUUAGUUAGACGGGUUUUUGACAAAGAAAUCGAUAAUCACCAUGAAGAAAAGCUUCUGAUCUUGCAGUUCGGCUGUUACCAUCUACAGAAACUACCAAUGAGUGACUUUUCCCUGGCACAACUACUCGACUGGAGGAGUAAAUUCCACAAUCAGUUGCUUUCUUUCGCUAAAGACCAUGUUAGUAAACAAAGAGAGAACUGGGUAGGUGGUGUAGGGAACCACAAGGAUGUGUUUUUGCCACUCUAUGGUAAUCUCCUCGGUCUCUACGUCUUCUCCAACUGCAUAUUCAGAUUCCCAACUGACAGCAAUGACAAGAAAGCUCUGUGUUCUGAUAUGGUUGAACUUGGGGGUGCACUGAAACCCUUUUUAAGGAACCCCCUGGUGUCUAACAUGUUCCGAGUAGUUGUCAGAUUACAUGAGAAUUUACUGGAUGAUUCUUUGGUGGACUUAGCUACUGUUCUUUCUGGAGAGAUAUGGGAAGGUUUUGAUCCAUAUUUUCUUCUCACUGAUGGAGAAAUCAAAGUCGAAUCUUUCUUCUCAGUUGAAAGAUCUAACGGCGUAGCUUGCUCUCAUCAACGUCCCUAAGGUCACACACCGAAGAAGCUCUCUAAGAUCAAAGUGGUGAGGAAUUCAAUUGCACAAGUGUGAAACAAAAGUCUUCUCUUAAGGGAGAAACAUACAAGAACAAGAAGUUGUUGCCACUGGGCUCUCCGUCCCAAGAAGACUAGAGCCAUUAGAAAGAGACUAAAGCAACCAGGCGUCGCUGAAGACGGAACAUGUACUUUCCAAUUAGUAAGUAUGCCAUCAGAGUUUACAUAAUUUGCCGAUUACGACUGUCUUAUCUUCAACUACUCUUCAAUUGUACCUUCUCCAUAUACUGUAUGUUGUAUUGAAUUUUUUAUUCCAUGAUUUUAUAAACGUUUGGCAUGCAUGAUUACAAA